GACCAGACCCGCCCAUUGGCCGGUCUGCGGACUUCCCAGAGACAGUUGUAUGUUUCAUAAAGAUGCACUCUGAUGCGGCCAAUUUUCAGCUGAAUUCUCACUUGACUACACUGGCCAGCAUCCAUAAGAUCCACCACACGUUGCACAGGCUGAACCUCACGGAAGACGUUGGACAGGAGAGCCACACGUCUGGUAAUAUCUCUUGUUGCUCCAGAGCCAUGCCACCGAGGAAAAAGAGGAGACCCACUGCCGGUGAUGACAUGUCAGCUAAGAAGAGUCGUCAAGACAGAAAAAUUGACUCUCCGCUCCUCAUUCGUGAAGAGGAAAGCUUUUCAAACAAGCGAUGCUUGGAGUGGUUCUACGAGUAUGCAGGCUGCGAUGACGUGGUGGGACCAGAGGGUAUGGAGAAGUUCUGUGAAGACAUCGGAGUGGAACCAGAGAACGUGGUGAUGCUAGUACUUGCGUGGAAGCUGGACGCACAGAGCAUGGGUUACUUCACGCUGCAAGAGUGGCUGAGGGGCAUGGGCUCUCUGCAGUGCGACUCUACAGAGAGGCUAAGGAACUCGCUGGACUUCCUGAGGUCCGUCCUUAAUGACAGCACCAGCUUUAAGCUCAUUUAUAGAUACGCCUUCGACUUUGCCAGGGAGAAAGAUCAGAGGAGUUUGGACUUGAACACUGCCAAGUGCAUGCUUGGGCUUCUGUUGGGAAAAACGUGGCCCCUUUUUCCGGUCUUUAAUCAAUUUCUAGAGCAAUCAAAGUAUAAAGUGGUCAACAAAGACCAGUGGUGCAACGUGUUGGAAUUCAGUCGGACAAUCAACUUGGACCUCAGCAACUACGAUGAGGAUGGAGCCUGGCCCGUCUUGUUGGACGAGUUUGUGGAAUGGUACAAGGAAAGACAGAUGUCAUAG